AAGUCAAUCCCCAAUCCUGCCAUCUGCUAUCUAUCAAUCAAUCAUCAAAUGUUUGUUGUGCAGGGGCUGCAGUAGAGCUGGUUUGAUAUAUACUACGAGUAGUAUAUACAUAUAAGACUGCCCCAAAUCCUGCUAUUCAUUUCCUCUCCUCUCUUGCUCUCGUCUCUCCCUUGACAAGCACCUCAAUUGCUUGUGCUGUGCUGUGCUGUGCUCUGCUGUGCCAGCUAUCUAUCUGAUCGACAGGCCGACUCUGCAAAUCCUUCCCACUGCACUCACCGCCGUCUACUGUUUUGCCCCUCAUCAAUUUUCACUACUACUACUACCUUACCUGCCGCUACUACCACCUGCAACACCUCAUUUCUCCCUCUUUUCCCCACCUUUCUUCUUCUCCUCCUCCUUCUUCCUCCUCCUGAAACACCAAUCUUCCUCUUACCACAAUCCAUUCUACAAUCAUGGCCUCCAAGCUCACUGCUCUCCCUUCACACCUGAAGCCCAGCGAUGCUGCCGGCAACGGCGGCGAAGCUGAUGGCUUUGCCAGGAAACACCAUGGCAAGACUCAAUCGCACGUUGCCUUUGAAAACACCUCCACCUCAGUCGCCGCAUCCCAGAUGCGCAAUGCCCUCAACCAGCUCAGCGACACAGUCCAAGACCCAGCAGAGAAGAAGAGGUUUGAGACUGAAAUGGACAACUUCUUCGCUCUCUUCCGGAGAUACUUGAACGACAAGGCCAAGGGCAACGCCAUCGAAUGGUCUCGCAUUGCGCCCCCAAAGCCAGAGCAGGUCGUCGACUACGCCGACCUCGCCAACUCAGAGUCCGUCGCCUUCCUCAACAAGCUGGCCGUCGUCAAGCUGAAUGGUGGCCUCGGUACCUCGAUGGGCUGUGUCGGUCCCAAGUCCGUCAUCGAGGUCCGCGAUGGCAUGUCCUUCUUGGAUCUUUCCGUUCGCCAGAUCGAGUACCUCAACAGGACAUAUGACGUCAACGUGCCCUUUGUCCUCAUGAACUCCUUCAACACCGACGCCGACACUGCCAACAUCAUCAAGAAGUACGAAGGCCACAACAUUGACAUUAUGACCUUCAACCAGUCCAAGUACCCACGCGUGCUCAAGGACUCCCUCCUGCCCGCGCCAAAGUCGGCCCAGUCUGACAUCUCGAACUGGUACCCACCAGGCCACGGUGACGUCUUUGAGUCGCUCUACAACUCGGGCAUUCUCGACAAGCUGCUCGAAAAGGGCGUCGAGAUCAUCUUCCUGUCCAACGCCGACAACCUGGGCGCCGUCGUGGAUCUCCGCAUUCUUCAGCACAUGGUUGACACCAAGUCCGAGUACAUUAUGGAGCUGACCGACAAGACCAAGGCCGAUGUCAAGGGUGGUACCAUUAUCGACUACGAGGGGUCCGUCCGUCUGCUCGAAAUUGCCCAGGUCCCCAAGGAGCACGUCAACGAGUUCAAGUCGAUCAAGAAGUUCAAGUACUUCAACACGAACAACAUCUGGCUGAACCUGCGCGCCGUCAAGCGCGUUGUUGAGAACAACGAGCUCUCCAUGGAGAUCAUCCCCAACGGAAAGUCGAUCCCUGCCGACAAGAAGGGUGAGGCGGACCUGUCCGUCCUGCAACUCGAGACGGCCGUCGGUGCGGCCAUUCGUCACUUCUCCAACGCUCACGGUGUCAAUGUCCCGCGUCGCCGCUUCUUGCCGGUCAAGACGUGCUCGGACCUCAUGCUUGUCAAGUCUGAUCUCUACACCCUCCAGCACGGCCAACUGGUCAUCGACCCCAACCGAUUCGGCCCGGCUCCCCUCAUCAAGCUUGGCAGCGACUUUAAGAAAGUCUCGAGCUUCCAGUCGCGCAUCCCCAGCAUACCCAAGAUUGUCGAGCUUGACCAUCUCACCAUCACCGGUGCCGUCAACCUCGGCCGUGGCGUCGUGCUGAAGGGAACCGUCAUCAUUGUUGCGAGCGAGGGCAGCACCAUUGACGUUCCACCCGGCUCCAUUCUUGAGAAUGUCGUUGUGCAAGGUUCGCUCAGGCUGUUGGAGCACUAGAGAGGGCAGCUGUGCGCAUACGUGCCGGAGUCUCGACAUGUGUUAUUGUCAAUCCUAUCAUGAUGUUACGUACACAGGAAAGGUAGUAUGCCUUAGCCGGAUGAUGAUAUAUAUCGGACUGCAUUGUAAUAGAAUUAUACCUACCCUUUUUUCCACACACAAAAUGAAUCAAGUAAUAGAACAACAUCAUAUCAUC